AUGGGACGUGCCGGAGCCAUGGGUGACGGUGGAGUCCUGAUGACUGCGCUUGUCCUGCUGCUGGCCGCUGUGGCUGUCUGGUGGGCCUUUGGCCACUGGCAACCAUGGAGCUGGCGGAGAGCGGCAGCGAAGAGGACAGCGAAGAGGAGCAAGCGCCCCGGGUCCCGGCCCAGAGGCUCACGGAGGACGCGAGGAGCCCUUGCGGCUCCCAGGUUCCCCAGGCCUCGGGCGACUCCUCGCAAGCGGCCACGUGCUCCCGCGAGCCCCCUGGGCAGCCCCUGCAGCUGCGGCCCCUGCGUGGCAGUGGCCCAGGAGCUGCAGGAACUGAUGCUGCUGCUCUGGGAUGGCAACGGGACACAGGCGCCGCUCUACUCUGGGAUGUGGCAGGCGUUGUGGAAAGAACUGGAGGAGCUGCUGCAGCGAGGCCACCUGCCCUGCUGUGGCUUGUCCAGCUCCUCCAGAAGCCUCCAUCCCUUCAAGAGGCUGCUCCCAGCAAGAUUCUCCAUCCCUGGGAGAGCCUCAAGGCCUGCAAGGAUGGCACAGCAGGGGGGAGCCGCCAUCCAUGCAGGAACCUCAGGCUGUCAGAGCCCCUGCAUCCUGCCAGGAGCCUCUGCAAUCUCUGACAGCCUCCACCCCUCGCAGAGGCUCAGUGAGACCUGUCAGCCUGCAGAAGGUGCAGAGCCCGUGGACAGGUCUCCCAGCUCCCUUGGACUCACGGACUUCAACAACACGGGCCCAAUCCUGACCAUUGACGUGGCAGGGGAAAGCCCAGAAGUCCAAAUGGGAGCCCAGCCCGAUGCAGGGGAGCCGUCUCAGGAGCAGCUGGUGGAGCAGCAAGCGUCCUGGAGCCGGCAGUGGUCAUCCCACAGCGGCCAGGACGCUGUGCCGGUUGUGCCAGCUGGCGACAGCCCGAGCCUGGUGGUGGAGAUGAGCCUCCAGACACCAAGGAGGUUCCUCCAUCUCCAGGAAGCUGCCCCAAGACAGCCCUCGACUGCCAGGAAGGGCUUUCUAAUAGCAGCUGCUCCUGGGACGCCCCUGUGCGAAGCCUCGGGCUGUAGCCCCGGCCCUCGUCAAGAGCAGAGUCCAGCCCAUGAGGCCGGGGACAGCGACGGUGCCGCCCUGCCCCGCUGCACUGGGGCUCCUGCAGCCGCCUGUGCGCGCGGCCCUGGCCCAGCUCUGCCGCUCGCCGGCCCGUCGGCCGCCGGGCGGCGGCCACUGCCCGGCGCGCAGCAGGAAGCAGGUGAGAGCAAGGUGGCCCGGGGUGGCCAGGCCCGCUUCCCUGGCGGGCGCUUGCGGGGGGUUCCUGGGCGCAAGGCUGAUGGCUCGCUCUUGGCCGCAGGGCAAAAGAAGCAGCUGCAGGAGCUGUACCAGCUGGGCCCGCAGCUGGGCAGCGGUGGCUUCGGCACCGUUUUCUCGGGCAUCCGCCUCUCCGAUGGGAGCCCGGUGGCCAUCAAACGUGUGGCCCGGGAGAGCGUCCUGCAGUGGGUCGAGCUGCCCGACGGCACCUGCGUGCCCAUGGAGAUCGUGCUCAUGGAGAAGGUGGGCUCUGACUGCCACAACAUCAUCCAGCUCCUCGACUGGUUUGAGCUGCCUGACAGCUUUGUGCUGGUGAUGGAGCGUCCGGAGGCAUCGCAGGAUCUCCUGCAGUUCCUGCAGGAGCACGAGUUCCUGUGCGAGGAGAUGGCGCGCUGGCUUUUCUACCAGGUGCUGGAGGCCGUGCGGCACUGCACCGCCUGCGGCGUCCUGCACCGGGACAUCAAGCCGGAGAACCUCCUCGUGGCCCCGGAGAGUGGCGACCUGAAGCUCAUCGACUUCGGUUGCGGCACCUUCCUCCAGGAGCAGGCCUUCACGCGGUUUGCCGGAACGCACGCGUACAGCCCGCCCGAGUGGAUCUGCCUUGGCUGCUACCACGGCCAUGGGGCGACCGUCUGGUCCCUGGGCGUGCUGCUGUACGUCAUGGUCUGCGGGAGCCUCCCCUUCAGGGACGACCAUGACAUCGUGCUGGGGCAGCUCUUCUUCUGGCAGCAGGUCUCUCCAGGUUGGUACCCGGCCUCAAGAAGGCGGGCUUUGGCAGAGGGCGGCGCGCAGCCCGGCGCGGCCCUCACGCAGCUCCGCGGGACGUCGUUCUGCCCUCAAGGGCCGGCCGCAGGAGGGGGCCCGUGCCGAGGGGGUCAGCGCGGCACGGGCGGCCGAAGGAGGCGGCCGUGCCCCGCCGUGCCGCUCUCCCGCGCAGGGCAGAGUCGGUCGGGAGGCCGGCGCAGCCCUGAGCACAAGCGGCGCGGCCCGGGCCCUGCAGGCGACGGGGGCAGCUGGGCAGGAGACUUCUGCCAGUGACCGGCGCUUUCUGGCUUCUCUCCCCAGAGUGCCGACAUCUGAUCCAGUGGUGUUUGGCCAAGCACCCUGAGGACAGGCCAGAGCUGGAGGAGAUCUUGCGCCACCCUUGGGUGCAGGGCAGGCGUUUUUGAUGCCUUGCCGGAGCCUCUGCAGCACCCACUUACCGAGUCCCACGCAGGACGGA